AUGCAUCAAACAGUUUUGAUGAAACACGGUUAUUUACUUCGCUGGAAACGGUUUUGUUCUUCUACAGCCGCCGUGGAGGCGAUUCAUGGGGAUUAUCUAAAACGAUUGGAACAUUUAACAGCGGAAUAUUUGGAUUCCAGUUCUCGAGCUCAUCGGCUAGCUUCCACUCGAGAGGGUAUUCUGGCCAAUUCCGAUAACGGGGUGGAAGAUGUGACAGUGGAUGAUUAUAUGAUCUAUUUGCGUUAUUUAAUUUGUCAUCUUCAAUCACUGACAUACGCAAAUCAAUUGUUAAAUUUAAUUGCCUGCACCCUUGAUAUUGGUCCACAACCCCAACAGAAACAGUAUCCAUGUAUGCUAGGAGAUGAAAGCUUAUCUGGCACUCCAAAGGAUGGCUUCGAUCCCAAUACAGGUCCGGAUUCUAUCCGUGGAGAAAGUUCUAAAUCGGGCGGUGUGCCCAUGCGAACUCGCUCACGUUCCUAUAGCGGUGCUGAAGACGAUGUCAAUCUCCAGGGCCAAAGUGAGCAAACGCGUACGAUCAAUAAAACAUCCAGUGAUCGACAGGAUUCUAUCGCUCCGGGUUCCUCAACCACCGCUCCUCCACAGAUAACUGAGACUGUUAUCAGUCCGGUAGACACUCGGGCUCGUGAUUUCGUUCCGGAGGGUAUGGAUUCGGUUGUGGAGGACACGGCCACUUUGACUACGAAUAUUCAAGCCAUCAGAUCUUCCGCGGACGAAAUGGAAUUAUUUUCCGUGAUCAAUCGAAAAUUUCGCCACAUAUUCAACCGGCAGGAAGAAAUGAGAACGUUCAAAACGUAUGACAAUUCGCGUUCCGGUGCGGAGCGCUGGGGGCUAGAAUCUUGGACGAGAGCGGUAAAGAAACCGAGCAAUUGGUUACCCUACGUUCGAUUACGGCCAAAACGCAACGAGUACUUAGUGCGUAUCAUCAUGGAACUACGCUGUAAAACCAUGGUAGACGAUUUGUUAAAGGCUGCCGCUAAUUUUCUCAUGAUCAAAUCCCCGGAACAUCCACCAAUGAUUCAUGCUGCAUCUGUGGUCUCGCAUCGGCAAGGUCAGAGUACAGCUGAUAUAUUCAAAAAGAUCUACACCAAUCCGGAGCUCUAUGGGCAGUAA